AUGAAUGGGCCCCUUGAUAGAGCUUUUCAGAAAAAGGCUAGAGAACAAUGUGAUGCUGAAGUUGCAAGGAUGUUUUAUACAGGUGGAUUGUCCUUCCACCUUGCAAGGAAUCCACAUUAUCGAAACUCCUAUCUUCGUGCUUCUACGCUUCUAGGAUAUGUUCCACCAGGUUACAAUGCACUAAGAACUACUCUUUUGCAACAAGAGAAGAGGCACAUUGAGCGGUAUUUACAACCAAUCAAGAGUGCAUGGAGCACUAAAGGUAUAAGUGUGUGUAGUGAUGGGUGGACAGAUUCACAAAGAAGACCACUUAUUAACAUUAUGGCAACUUGUGGGAGCCUGCCUAUGUUCUUGAAGGGAAUUAAUUGUGAUGGAGAGUACAAGGACAAACAUUGUAUUGCCAAUUUUCUUAUCGACUCCAUUAAGAAAAUUGGUUAUCAAAAUGUGGUUCAAGUAAUCACUAACAAUGCGCCAGUUUGUAGAGCUGCUAGAUUACUUGUUGAGGCUAGAUAUCCCAAUAUCUUUUGGACACCAUGUGUGGUUCACACUCUUAAUCUUGCUUUGAAGAGCAUAUGUUUACCAAAACAAAAUGACGAUUGGUAUGAUAAAUGUAGUUGGAUUUCAGAGAUUGCUGCUGAUGUUGGGUUCAUAAAAAUUUUUAUUGUGAACCAUAAUAUGAGAUUGACUAUGUAUAAGGACCACUGCAAAUUGAAGCUGCUCUCCAUUGCUGAAACAAGGUUUGCGUCUACACUUGUGAUGAUUAGAAGAUUUAAGGAAGUAAAGGAAGGUCUAGAACAAAUGGUGAUUAGUCCAAACUGGUCUUUAUAUAAAGAGGAUGAUGUUGGCAAGGCAAGAGCAGUGAAGGAAAAGAUAUUGGAUGAAUACUUUUUGGAUGAGAUUGAUUAUAUACUUUCCUUUAUAGCUUCUAUAUAUAAGAUGAUUAGGAUGGCUGACUCUGAUAAACCUUCUCUUUAUUCGGUUUAUGAGUGGUGGGAUACCAUGAUAGAGAAGGUGAAGGCAACUAUCUAUAGGAAAGAACACAAGCAACUGCAUGAACAAAGCGACUUUUUUGAUGUGGUGUAUCACAUUAUAGUGGAGCGAUGGACUAAGAGUAGCACACCACUCCAUUGUUUGGCACAUUCUUUAAAUCCUAAGUUUUAUAGCCCAGAAUGGCUGCAAGAGGAUCCUAGUCGUGUUGCUCCACACCAAGAUACCGAGAUUACAAGGGAAAGAAAAAAGUGUCUUGAGAAAUACUUUUCAGAUGACUGGGCUAGAAGAGAUAUCAAUGUGGAGUAUGCCUCUUUUUCAAUGUGCUUAGAUGACUUUGGAGCUAUUGAUGCUAUGAAUGAUAGGAAAAGCCCAAGCUACAAAGAAGGUGUUACUCAAAUGUGGGAUAUUGGAAGAGAUGGAUUUGAUAACUUGGGUGAAGAAGGUGUUGGGAUGCUUGAAAUUGCUAACCUUUCUCUAGAUGAACCAUCAUUGGAGGUUGCUUUAUUUACUGGAGAGGACAUUACAAAUAUUGUAGUUGAUUGA